GUGUAGCUAGAGGUGUGUCAGUGAGGUACAGCGGGGGGUGGAUCGGAGGUGUUGUGAUGGCUGCUGCAUGAGGUGAAUGGGAUGGGAUUCACACGUGCCUGUGGUCCAUCCAUAUCUGCUGCCUUGCCUGUAGAUCUCUGUAUGUCUUCUGUACACACCUAUACAUACGUACACACAUCCAUGCCAUGCGCCCCCCUCCCCCCUCCCCCCCUUCACUCUCCUUGUCUCCUCUCUAUAUCUACAUCUGUCCUACGGGUUGACUGGCUGUGGUCGUGGGUGCCCCGGACGAUGGGUGAUUGACUGCCUGCCUUGUCCUCGGCCUCCUUGUCGUUCUGGGCACCCUUCAUCUCGUCGCACAUGUCGGGGAUGUUGUACUUGGACUGGAAGUCCGUGAUGAUCGUCCAGUCAUCACCUGACCGACCACCACACAGACACACACACAAGAUGAAGGGAUGGAUGGAUAGAUGAUCUGUGUGUGCCCCUGCCCGCCCCUGCUUACCCAGGUAGUCCAUUGCCACAACGUACACGUGGUGCGCCUCUGGUUCUCCAUCCACCCUCAGCACGCCUUGUUUGGCUCCAUCGAAAUAGGGCCGCACGAACGGCGUGUCCAGCCACUUGUCCUCAUCAUGACCGACACACUGGGCCACAUGCACGAGCCGGUUGCUCUCCCGCCGCGCGUCGUCCUGGUGCGGAAACAGCUUGAAGGCAACAUGCUGUCUGCCGUCUGCAGCGUCCAGCACUCAUACGUCCCCAAACGCGCCAUUGCCGCCUGGCAGUUCCCACACGUCAAAGCUGUCCGUCCGUCCAUCGCGAUAGAUGUCGAGUGCACCUCUGUGGCUGUCAUCUGCCGUGGCCAUGCGUUUAAAAGCGUGCUGGGAGGUAGGGGGAGGG